GUACUUAUGUGGGAAGUUUUCACUUGUUGUGCGGAAAAUCCAUACCAAGGCAUGAACAAUACUCAAGUGUAUCAGUACAUUGUCGGUGGUGGUCGCUUACAAAAGCCAGCGGUCUGUCCAGAGCGGAUUUACGUCCUCAUGCUUGAAUGCUGGCAACACGAGCCCAAUCGACGACCGUCGUUCGAAUAUAUAUGCCAGAAAAUCGGUGGUUACCUGGAUCAGAAUUGCGAGAAUUGA